GGAAAUGAAAAGAAGAGAAGAUCGGAAAAUAAGGAGAGCGUGAGGACUGAGUCAUUCAGUGUUCGUAUUUCGAAGACGAAAGUCGCGUUUCUUCUAGUGAAAAAAAAAUCCGAACAAAAUGCUAUCGUACGGUCAGGAAUACGACAUGACGCAGUCGGAGGAAAAUCGGCCGUCAAAAAAAAGAAGCAAGUUACAAGCAAUGGCUCGAGAAUUGGCGGCAGAGAAGGCAAAGUCGGCGGCACUUACGAAGAAGCUGAAGAGGAGUAGAAGAAACAAUCAAGUAACAGCAAUGAACAAGCAAUUGACAAAUGAUGCUGGCGAGGAUGCAGGAUCCACAAAUUGCUCUUCUUUGGGAUUCGAGAGCGGAAAUGAGUUUACUAGUACACGAAACGUACCAAGACAAGACCAGGAAGAACCUCGAAUCAACUGGCAUAGUAUGGCGGAAGCUAGUCAGGGCCAGUCUAGGUUCUUGUCUUCAAUGAACCAAUUAUCGGUUGCUUCAGUCAGUGUACCAGAGUGUAAACCUGCAGACGAUGGGGACAUUCACAGGCAAACCUAUGAAACUUGGAAAGACCUCCUGAUAGAUUCGUUGAAACUUGCGGGUAUCGAAGACGAGCAUACGAUGUUUACCGUCUUCAAAGUCAAGGCUGGUAUAAAACUGUUGGAAAUAUUUCGUAAUACAAAAACGCAGCAAGGUGAUCCGGAUCCUGAAUCUAAGCCUUUUUCCAAUGCUAUGAACAGACUCAAAACAUAUUUCGGUUCUGGAUCCGAUAUUAUGCUUAUGCGAAGGAAGCUAGCACUGAUGGCGCAGAAAGCCGAUGAGACAGAUCUGGCCUAUAUAACCAGAGUUGGAUCUAUGGCACGGUUGUGUGGUUGGGAUGAAGAUAAGGAAUUCGAGGAAAUUGCAGCUACUGUGGCUGAACAUGCUCGCGAAAAAGAAGUGCGUACGACUGCCUUAAAGAUGCUAAGCAAGAAAGGCUCCUUCACCGAUUUCGUGGAUAAAGUAAGGGAAAUUGAGUCCAUAAGAUUGAAUGAAGAAUACGUAAUGCGGAAAAGAGGGCGAUCGGACCAAGCCUCAGUGGCGUCACUUAGUGCUCCGUCAAAUUAUCAAUCGCAAUUCCAAAACCGUUAUCGAUAUGGUGAAACUUCUCUACCGGCGGCAAAUGAUUCUUUCCGGCGUCGUCCACAAUACCUCAACUAUCGUUAUCAGAACCGUAGCCAUCCCUAUCAACGGCAAAUGCAGCAAUUCCGAGGCGGCUGGAAGGCACCCCCCGGCGGUCAGUUCGCUGGCAAUAAAAUAGGUAGUUCAUCAGGAAAGUGCUGGCGCUGUGAAAGUGUUUUCCACUCUCCAAAUGAGUGCACCGCCAAGGAAAAAGUGUGUAACUACUGCGGCCAAAUCGGACAUAUCCGACGAGCUUGUCAAGCUCGUUUCACGAAAACAGAUCAGUCUGCACAGCGACCGAAGAAAGCUGAUGAACAAUCUCCCGAGCGAAUCGCAAUCCUUGAGAAAAUCGAAGACGAGCCUACGGCGAAUGAAGGAAAAGUGAGUGAUAUUAUUGAAAACUAAGAUUUAAGCGUAAAGAUGACAUUUCACUUUCAUUUUUGAAACAUGUUGUUAAUUGAAUUCGUUUUCUUUCUUUUGAAUUAAAGAUAUCUUUUGUUAAUUGAAUUUAUUUCUCGCUUUAUUGAUUUUCUUUUAAUCUUAAGAAUUAAAAA